AUGCUACAGCCCUCUAGCUGUACGUCUGAGGCUAUCAGUCACCUCCAGCGCGCCCGCAAGGCGUUGCUGGAGGGUACGAUAGGCCCGGACAUGAACUCUCGGGCCCGAGGCGACAUCAAGCGAGUACUCGCUUUCCUCAAGCUCAAGCGCGACGCCGGCAAAGCGACACCAUCCAAGCCCUUCCAGCUCGCCGUACCUGCAGCUGCGACUCGCCAGACGCCCUUUUCGCUGAGAUCCAACGCGACCCCCACCUCCCCGUUCCCACCCUCCUCGCCAGACUCGCAUCCGCAGGUGGUUGAGGGGGGAAGCAACAGUAUGGGGGGCAAGUUGAGUCACACGGCUGCCAGCAUGCCGCUCAACAACCCGCCAAACGCCCUCAACAAGCCGUGUGACCCACUUGACUCCCCACCCUCGGAAGGGGUGGCGGUCAGUGGUCCUCUCGUAGCGCUUUCUAGCAACGUGCAGAAGCUUACAGACGUUGUACAAUCUCUCCACACCCGCAUGGACGCCUGGGAGUCAAAGAACCGCUUUGCAGCGCUCCAAAGCAACGUCUUGGACCCUCCUCCCCCGCUGGCGCCCGCCGUACAAUCCUACGCAGCUGCUGCUGCUGUCCCGGCCCGCCCAGCAGCUCCCUCGGUCCCCGCUGCAGCCCGACGCGUCCCCGCGCCCACGAAACCCGCGCCCCGCACCUCCCUCAUCGCCGGCACCGCCAACCUCCCCGAGACGCACUUCCUCCGCGCCCUCCCUGAGCACCGGAUCCUGCCCUGCGUUUGCAAGAUGAUGGUCAGCUCAUCCCCCGACCCCUCGACCCUCGUCUACGCCCAACACAUGGAGAGAGGAGACGUACGACUCGUCACCCGUGGACCUUCGGCUGCCGACCUCCUCCGCCGCGCUCUCUCCGCCUACUCGGCCGAAAUUGUGGUGAAGAUGCCGGUUGAGGCGACGUCGUUGGUCGCACAUUGGGUACCGGUCGACGCGGACGAGGUCGAAGUGCGAGAGAAGGUGGAAGAGUGGGUUGGCGGUGAGGGAAAGGUGGCUGGGGCCAGAUGGUUGGCGCGGCGUGCAGACAAGUCGUACGGAUUGUGGUUGGUGGAGCUGUGCAAUGCGGAGGACAUCAGCGCAAUCCUACGAGAGCGGAAGCAAGCAAGCGGUCAAACAAGACGAACGCACCCCUCGCUCCCGACACCCGCACAUCCACCCCAGCUCACAAUUCCGCCGCUCCCCUCCCUUCGCCCGACCCGACCCGACAAUCAAGUCGCCGCCGCAGACGCCGCCUCGCUCCGCGGGACCGCACGGAACAAUGUUGACAGGAUAUCUCGGCACGACAGCGAGCGGAAGCGGAAGCGAGCCGAGCAACUUGUCGCGGAUGAUGGUCGACGAGUCGUCAGGCGAAGGACCGUCCGCAUUCCUCGGAACGCCAUCUCGCGCGUCCCUGAUCCCGCUCCCUCGCUCGCCAACACCGACAGUCGAAGACCUGCGACCGAGCCGGUGGCGGACUGGUCGGUGGACACGGAGGAGGAGGCGUUUGAACAAGAGGGGAGGAGCGAGUCGGAGGAGGAGGGGGAGUCGACAGCGACGGGUGCAGCAGAGGAGACAGGCGCGGGAUGCGGGAACGAGAAGGACAAUAAGAAGAGGGAAGAGAAGAGGAACGAGGCAAAGGAGGAGAAGAGGCAGGAAGCGCCGAGGGGAAGGGAGUCGAGGAGGCAGGUGCUGAGGGAGAAGAACCUGUUGCAGACCGAAGGAGCGGUCAGCACUCCUUCUAUCCCUCCAGCCAGGUGUGCCCUGCGCGUUUGCAGCGUCGUCUCAUCAUCCGAGGACGAGCUGCUCCUCCGCCCCAACCCGCCGCCGCCGCCUUCGCAAGUGAGGAGGACGACAAAGACGAGCCUCCGCUCAUUUGUCAUCGUCACCUACAACAUCCACUUCGACGUUCUCCUCCUCCAAGAAGUGCCCCGCUCCCUCCAUCCCUUGCCGCGCGGUUGGUCCCUCGUCCUCCCUCCGCCCGUCACGUACACAACGGACGAGCCAACUCACCCUGGAUCCGCCGCGCUCGUCUCUCCCCGCUUCCCACCCUCCGCCUUCUCGCAACUCCCCGUUGCGUCGAGAGAUGUUGUCGGUGUCGAUCUGCGAGUCAACGAACACGAGUCAGUACGAGUCGUUGGUGUGUACAACCCGUGCGCAGGCGGUCGCUCCCCGCCAAAACGCUCAGAGCGAGAUGUCCUCCCUGCCAUCCUCGCCUCCUCGCCGUCUCAGAACACCCUUGUCAUUGCUGGCAACUUCAACCUACAUCACCCCGCCUGGGAUCCGUCUGUCCUUGAAGCCGACGACGAGGCUGAAGAGGCGCGACUCACCUUCGAGGACGCCGGACUCGUCCACUUCCACGAGGCGAGCAAGUCGACUUGGUCGUUGUCGAGGUCAAGUUGGGUGCUCGACCUGGUGCUGGGGAACCUGCGUGCGGAGGAGAGACUCGUCAGCUCAGUCAUCGACGAGGCGCUCGAGUACGGAUCGGACCACCGCCCGAUACGCACCGUCCUUGCCGUCGAACGAGCAGACCGCCCGCCGGCCUACCCCCGCCGCCUCUUCCGCAAAGCCGACCCAGCAACCAUCCUCCGCGCCUGCGCCAAACUCGCCGCGUCUGUCGCGACGCCUGCGACCCUUCUCACGCCAGCCGAUCUAGACACCGAAGCGGCAACACUUGACUUGAUGCUCCGCGAGACCGUCUCGGUAGCCGUCCCACUCGCGAAGCCGUCGCGCUCACGCUUUGCCCAUCGAUGGUGGAGCGCUGAAGUGGCGGGCGCAGUUGAUGAAGUGCGACGAGUGCAAACUCGGGCAUAUCGGGUGAAGGCGAGAGGCAAUGAGGGAGAUGUGGUGGAAGCGGCAGUGCGAGCGGCGAAGGUGGCGACAAACCGAGCGAAGGCGAUGAUCAGGCGAGAGAAGAGGCGGGCGGAAAGGGCGGAAGUCGAAGAGGUGAAUGAGGGGACGCUGUGGAAGGUGGUGAAGGAGAAGCUGGGGGAUAGAGGAUCAGCGGCUGCAUCAACUCUGCCGCUCAAGAGGGACGACGGGACAUACGCAACGUCACCCAUUGACAAGCUCGCCCUCCUCCAGCCCGUCCUGCUACCGGUCGUCGAGGCGCCAGAGGCCGAAGGCGCCGCAGAUGUCGAGCAGCCUGCAUGA